AGCGCGCGGGGGUGUCCGUCCUCCGCAGUUUGCCGUUUGUUGUCUCAGACUCGGCAAGCGCUGGAGAGAGCGAGACCUAGUACGGGAGUGCCCACUGGAUUCCGUGCUUUCAACUAAUCAGACGUUUCUCUACCUGUCCUAUCUCCCAACCGCUGGCUGCAUCCCCGUUCGCCUCCUCACGAGUGUUUCCCCCGUGGAAAGCCGUUGCCAUUUUACCUAUGCGCCAGACUUUUCUUUUUGGUAUUUUAAAUCACUCCUAAUCCGAGCUGCAGUGAUAUUCUUUUCCUCCUUGUCUUUUAUAAUCCUCUUGCUGCCCCUUGUUUGGAAUUGCCUGACACCAGAAGGACCGUGGAUGAGCUGCUUUUGCACAAACCGGAGAUGGAAUUGCUGAUAAUAUGCCUUUCCUUUGGGAUAUUGCAAUGCUAUUCUGCAAGCGCGGACUCAAUCAUUCACAUCGGUGCCAUUUUCGAGGAGAACGCCGAAAGGGAUGUCGAAGUGUUUCAGCUGGCCGUGUCUGACCUCAGUCUCAACGAUGACAUUUUACAGAGCGAGAAAAUCACACACUCCAUCAAGUACAUUGAGCCCAACAACCCCUUCCAGGCGGUCCAAGAAGCCUGUGAGUUGAUGACCCAGGGGAUUCUGGCUCUGGUGACGUCCACAGGCUGUGCGUCAGCGAGCGCGCUGCAGUCCCUGACGGACGCCAUGCACAUCCCGCACCUGUACGUCCAGCGCGAGGACGAGGGUUCUCCGCGCACCGCCUGCCCGUUCAACCCCUCGCCCGACGGAGAGCGCUACACCCUCGCCGCCAGGCCCCCUGUGCGCCUCAACGACGUCAUGCUUACGCUUGUCACCGAGCUGCGCUGGCAGAAGUUCAUAAUCUUCUACGACAGCGACUACGACAUCCGCGGUCUGCAAGGUUUCCUGGACCAGACGUCGCGGCGCGGUCUGGACGUGUCUCUGCAGCGCGUGGACCGCAACAUCAGCGGCGUCUUCUCCAGCCUGUUCACCAGCAUGCGCACAGAGGAGCUCAACCGUUACCGGGACACCCUCCGACGCGCCAUCCUGCUGCUCAGCCCCCACGGAGCGCAGGUCUUCAUCCACCAGGCGGUGGAGACCAAUCUGGCAUCAAAGGACAGUCACUGGGUGUUUGUGAAUGAGGAGAUCAGUGAUGCCGAGAUCAUGGAGCUCAGUCACAGCUCCCUGGGCCGCAUGACGGUCAUUCGCCAGGUCUUCCCCCUGUGGAAGGACAGCAACGCCAACUGCAUGUGGAACAACCACCGCAUCUCCUCCCGUCUCUGCGACCCCCAGGAGGGCUACGUUCAGUCUCUGGAGGCCUCUAGUCUGUACCUGUAUGACAGUGUGCUGAUGCUAGCCAAUGCAUUCUACCGCAAGCUGGAGGACCGCAAGUGGCACAGCAUGGCCAGCCUGAACUGCAUCAAGAAGUCCACUAAGCCCUGGAACGGAGGAUGGUCCAUGCUGGAGACCAUUCAGAAGGGUCAGAUAGUCGGUCUGACGGGCACGAUGGACUUCAAGGACAACGGCUCCAAUUCGCAUGUCCAGUUUGAGAUUCUGGGCACCAGCUUCAGUGAGACGUUCGGAAAAGAUGUGAAAAGGCUGGCUACGUGGGACUCUGUCAGUGGCCUCAACGGCAGCUUGAAGGAAAGCCGCAUUGAAAAUGGCAUGCAAGGAGUGACCGUCAAAGUGGUGACCGUGCUGGAGGAUCCCUUUGUGAUGGUGGCGGAGAACAUUCUGGGGCAGCCAAAAAGAUACAAGGGCUUCUCGAUUGACGUCCUUGACGCCCUGGCUAAGAUCCUGGGCUUCAAGUAUGAAAUCUACCAAGUGUCUGAUGGCAAGUACGGGUCCCAGAUGCCCAAUGGAACCUGGAACGGCAUGAUUGGGGAACUUAUUAACAAGCGAGCGGACCUGGCGGUGUCGGCCAUCACCAUCACGCCCGAGCGGGAGAACGUGGUGGACUUCAGCAAGCGCUACAUGGACUACUCAGUGGGCAUCUUGCUGCGGAAGCCUGAGGAGAAGAUCAACAUAUUCUCGCUUUUCGCACCCUUUGACCUGGCCGUGUGGGCCUGCAUCGCGGCCGCCAUCCCUGUGGUCGGGGUGCUCAUCUUCCUGCUGGCCCGCGUCCAGUCCCUACGGAGCCAGAACCCGCCGCCACCCCCACACCAGCAGGUGUCCACGGUGUCCAGCUCCCUGCACAGCGCCAUCUGGGUGGUCUACGGGGCGUUCGUACAGCAAGGUGGUGACUCGGUGGUGGGCUCCGUGGCUCUGCGGAUUGUGAUGGGCAGCUGGUGGCUCUUCACACUCAUCGUCUGCUCCUCCUACACGGCCAACCUGGCCGCCUACCUCACCGUCUCACGCAUGGACAACAGCAUCCGCACUUUCCAGGACCUGGCGAGGCAGGUGGACCUGGCGUACGGUACAGUGCGAGACUCGGCCGUAUAUGACUACUUCAAAGCCAAAGGCACCAACCCGUUGGAACAGGACAGCACCUACGCCGAGCUGUGGAGGACCAUCAGCAAGAACGAUGGACAGGACUACUCCGUGUCCAGCCCCUCCGAGGGCAUCCGCAAGGCCAAGAAGGGGCCGUUUGCGUUCCUGUGGGACAAGGCGGUGGUGGAGUACGCCGCCCUGACGGACGACGACUGCAGCAUCACCGUCACGGGCAACAGCCUCAGCAGCAAGGGUUACGGCAUCGCCCUCCAGCACGGGAGCCCGUACCGAGAUCUCUUCUCCCAGAAGAUCCUGGAGCUGCAGGAGAAAGGAGACCUGGACGUGCUGAAGCAGAAGUGGUGGCCGCGGAUGGGCCGCUGCGAGCUGACCGGGCACGCGGGGGGGUCAUCUCCGGACGGACGCUCACUCAAGCUGCACAGCUUCGCCGGCGUCUUCUGCAUCCUGGCGGCCGGCCUCCUGCUGGCGUGCCUGGUGGCCGGCCUGGAGCUCUGGUGGAGCGGCGGCAGCGGCAGCCGGUGCCGGAGCGAGCAGCCCAAAGAGGUUACUAAGGAUUACAGACUGGCAAGGGUAUCUGGUCCAUUGACAUAUAAUGAUAUAACCACUACUUCGUCGGAAGGGGGCAAGGAGAUGUGGACAGACAAAGAAAAAGACUGGGAGGAAGCAGAAGCUAUUGACACAGGACAAGGAGGUGAACCUGGAGCAGGUGCACCGGCGUAUGAACAGUCUCUUGGACGAGGACAUGGCGCACAAGCAGCUGAGCGGCCCCUCUAUCGAGAUCUCUGCACUGGGCAUCAGCAGCACCUCCUGCUCAGCCAGCGGCGCCAUCGGGCCGAGCAGCAGCACCACCACCACGCGGCCAUCCAGCCAGCGAGACUACCCGGGCCCGCCGGGAGCCCUCUCUGUGACCACCUUCCUGGGCCCCGAGCAGGCUCAUGGGGUGCUGGGCCGGACGCUGGGGGUCCCGGGGCCUGGCAGCACUCUGCCCCUGCCCCUCAGCAGCAGCAGCAGCACCACUUCCACCCUCCCCUCCUCCAUCCAAUGCAAACACCGGGCGCCCAACGGGGGUCUGUUUCGGCAGAGUCCCGGCAAGACCCCCAUGCCCACGCCAAUGUCCUACCAGGCGAUGGCCGGAGGACACAUCCCCGGAGCCAAUGAGCCGACCCACAGCACGUCCAUCUGAGGACCGCGAAACGAAACCUCCCAAACCCCCCCCACCCCGACCCCUCUGUGUGUGCCCCAUCAUCUCACACACACACACACACACACACACACACACACACACACACGCUGUCAUUACCUGGUUUCUCCACCAGGGGGGUUUAGCCCACGUGUGUAUGUGAUGGAUUGUGUAGGUGAGCAAAGAUAGCAAGAACACAGAAAUACAGGAGUAAAUAUAUAUAUAUAUAUUUAUAUAUAUAUACAUCAAAAAACAUAUUAAGGGAAAGGUAUGGUAAAAAAAUACAUUUUUAUUCCAGAUGACAUUCAAAACGAGAAAUGUAGAGAGCUGAUUUUUCUUGUAUAUAUUUGUAAAUAUAGACCAGAGCUGCGUGCGUAAAGCGUAUUUUGAAUAUUCUCAAUUUUUGAAGUUCAGUUAAAAAAAAAAUGAAAAAGAGAUUAUAAAAAAGUGAUCUAAAAAAUGACUGUUUGAAUGGCUUUGUAAAUUUUGUUCUAUAUGAAGAAAGACGCAAAAUUCAUUGUGAUUGUUUUUUUAAGUGCCGAAACAGAAGAUGUCUCUCAACAGUUUAUCAUAAGAUUAUAUCACACUACUGGAGCAUAGAGCUUGAUUUCAUGACGUCACGCCUCUUUUAUAAACACUUGUUUUUGUUUGUUUUUUAAUGAUCAAAACAAUGGUGACUGUUCCUUUCCCGGACUGCUUUAGAACGCGUUGUUUGUGCGCUUAUUCUUCUGUGGCAGCAACGUUCCCAAGUGGACGAGCUUUAAGAAGAGCUCCAUAGUCUCUGACAGUCAUGGGGCUGUGUUCAGGUGCGCGUAAGCUGCACGGGACGCGAGGGUUGCGGCGUGUUGAAAUGUCUGUGGUGUUUUGUUUUGUCUUGUGAGACCAUCUAUGGAGGAGCACAAAUGACCAGGAGGAGACGUUUCCAUGGCACCCGUCAGAUUUGUGUCCCUGGACAUUUUCUUUUGUUGUUGUUUUUUUUUGGUUAUCAUGUCCUUUAAUUGUAUCAUUCGGGGUGGGAGUGCCCUCAAGCUGGCGGGUCUUAUUUUUUACAUCUCUUUUGAAACUAUAUGGUUAUUAAAAUGACAUAAACUCA